CACGCGCGCCGUUGCCUGAUGCCGAUCUCAAGGCGGAAAAGUGCAGACAAGCGUAUCGCGGCAUCUGCACCCGCACCACCCCACCCCCGGAAGAAACCAAUCUUGCAGCUUGCCUCCUGCUCGAUGCCCACAGCUCCCCCCUGUUGCAGCUACUCCUACUCCCCUGUUUAAAGGGCGGCCUGGGGGAGAAGGAGGAGCAAGGCCGCCGGUUGCAGCCACUCCCCUGUCGCCGGUCGAGGAAGGAGAUGGGCGGCCUACUCCCGCUGGCGCUGCUCGUCGUCCUCUCUGCCGCUGCCGCUGCCGCUGCCCCUCAGCUUGUCGGAGCUGCGAGGGGCGACCAUUCCCUGCCAAUCAUCCAGGAAGACAUCAUACGGACGGUCAACAGCCAUCCCAAUGCCGGGUGGACGGCUGGACACAACCCAUACCUCGCAAACUAUACUAUUGAGCAAUUUAAGCAUAUCCUGGGAGUGAAGCCAACACCUCCAGGGUUACUGGCUGGUGUUCCAACCAAAACUUACUCAAGAUCAGAAAAGGAGGAGCUCCCAAAGGAGUUCGACGCCAGAUCUAAAUGGUCUGGUUGCAGCACAAUUGGGAAAAUACUUGAUCAAGGUCACUGUGGUGCCUGUUGGGCCUUCGGUGCCGUGGAAUGUCUGCAAGAUCGUUUCUGCAUUCAUCACAGCGUGAACGUUUCACUUUCUGUCAAUGAUCUAGUGGCUUGCUGUGGAUUUUUGUGUGGCGAUGGUUGUGAUGGAGGAUAUCCUAUCUUCGCAUGGCAAUACUUCGUCGAGAACGGUGUUGUUACUGACGAGUGUGAUCCAUUCUUUGAUCAGGUUGGUUGCCAGCAUCCUGGAUGUGAACCUGCUUAUCCUACACCUGUGUGUGAAAAGAAAUGCAAGGUGCAGAACCAAGUUUGGGAGGAAAAGAAACAUUUCAGCAUCGAUGCAUACCAAGUAAACUCUGAUCCGCAUGACAUCAUGGCAGAGGUCUACAAGAAUGGCCCUGUAGAAGUUUCUUUCAUAAUUUAUGAGGACUUUGCACACUACAAGUCAGGUGUUUACAAGCAAAUCACUGGUAGGAUGGUGGGAGGUCAUGCCGCCAAAUUGAUUGGAUGGGGAACAAGUGAUGCUGGCGAGGAUUACUGGCUUCUUGCAAAUCAGUGGAACAGAGGAUGGGGCGAUGACGGGUACUUCAAGAUCAUAAGGGGCACAAAUGAAUGUGGCAUUGAAGGAGAUGUUAAUGCCGGUAUGCCCUCGACAAAGAACAUUGCGGGUAGGGCCUUUGCAAUUUGAAGUUUGGGCAGCGCCUUUCCUCUGAUGUAGUUGGAAUUAGCUAUUUUCCAGUCAAAUAAAGAGCCUCUUUGAUUCAAAGGAUUUUUAUAGAAUUGAAAUCCUUUGUAAUUUUUCCUAUGUAGGCCGUUUGAUUAGUAGAAUUGUAUCUUGUAGAUUUGUCCCAAGGAAUUGUUUGUACUACAUUCCAUAGGAAAUCUAGCAUCCAUUCUAAAUUCUUGAAAACAAUCCUUUGUUUUCUCUAUGAUGCAAUGAAAUAAACUUAAAUCA